AUGUUAGACCCGUCGUCCAGCGAGGAGGAAUCUGAUGGGAUAGUGGAGGAGGAAUGCAAGGAGGCGACGGCUCCCCAGGCCGGGACCCGCAUCUCCCCCAGCCGGACCAGUGAGAGCUCGGGCGGCGGACUGGCGCCCAGCAGCAGCAGCCGCAGCAGCGCCCGGCCGACCAGCCCGAGCCCGUCCGCCGCCAGCGAGGAGAAGGAGGACCUGGAGAAGCUGCAGCGGGAGGAAGAGGAGCGCAAGAAGAAGCUGCAGCUCUAUGUGUUUGUGAUGCGAUGCGUGGCUUAUCCCUUCAACGCCAAACAGCCCACAGACAUGGCAAGGCGACAGCAGAAGAUAACCAAGCAGCAGCUUCAGCAGACCAAGGAUCGUUUCCAGGCCUUCCUCAACGGAGAUACACAAAUUGUGGCUGAUGAAGCAUUCAUUAACGCUGUGCAGAGCUUUCAUGAGGUGUUCCUGAAGAGUGACCGUGUGGCUAAGAUGGUCCAGAGCGGUGGCUUCUCGGCCAAUGAUUUCAGGGAAGUGUUCAAGAGGCACAUUGAGAAGCGCGUGCGCAGCCUGCCAGAGAUCGACGGCCUGAGCAAGGAGACGGUCCUCAGCUCCUGGAUGGCCAAGUUCGACACCAUCUACCGCGGUGACGAAGAUCCACGCAAGGCACAGCAACGCAUGACAGCGAGCGCCGCUUCCGAACUGAUCCUCAGCAAGGACCAGCUGUACGAGAUGUUCCAAAAUAUCCUCGGCAUCAAAAAGUUUGAGCACCAGCUGCUUUACCAGGCCUGCCAGCUGGACAACCUGGAUGAGCAGGCUGCACAGAUCAGGAGGGAGUUGGAUGGUCGUCUUCAGAUGGCCGACCAGAUUGCCAGGGGCGGUAAAUUCCCCAAGUUCGUGUCUAAGGAGAUGGAAGCCAUGUACAUCGAGGAGCUCAAGUCUUCAGUGAAUCAGCUGAUGGCCAAUCUGGAGAGCAUGCCCGUGUCCAAGGGGGGAGAGUUUAAACUCCAGAAGAUGAAACGGGGACACAACACCUCCAUCAUCGACAUGGGCCAGGAGGACGAGAACACCCUGUCCAAGUCCGAUGUGGUUCUGUCCUUCACUCUGGAGGUGGUGAUUAUGGAAGUGGUGGGGCUGAAGUCUCUGGCUCCGAACAGGAUCGUCUACUGCACCAUGGAGGUGGAGGGAGGAGAGAAACUCCAGACUGACCAGGCAGAAGCAUCCAAGCCAACCUGGGGCACCCAGGGGGACUUCACCACCACACACCCUCUGCCCGGUGUCAAGGUGAAGCUGUUUACAGAGAGCACAGGGGUGCUGGCGCUGGAGGACAAAGAACUGGGCAGGGUCGUCCUCCACCCAACUCCGAAUAGCCCCAAGCAGUCAGAGCUCCACAAGAUGACUGUGACCAAGGCUUGCCCCGACCAAGACCUCCGGAUCAAACUGGCCAUACGUAUGGACAAGCCACAGAACAUGAAGCACUGCGGGUAUCUGUGGGCCUUUGGGAAGAAUGUGUGGAAGCGCUGGAAGAAGCGAUUCUUUGUUCUAGUGCAGGUGAGCCAGUAUACAUUUGCCAUGUGCAGCUACAGGGAGAAAAAGUCAGAGCCACAGGAACUUCUCCAGCUGGACGGGUAUACUGUGGACUACAGUGACCCCCAGCCAGGCUUGGAUGGUGGCCGGGCUUUCUUCAACGCAGUAAAGGAGGGUGACACUGUGAUGUUUGCCAGCGAUGACGAGCAGGACCGCAUCCUGUGGGUCCAGGCCAUGUACCGCGCCACUGGCCAGUCCCACAAGCCCGUCCCACCCACUCAGGUCCAGAAACUCAACUCCAAAGGGGGCGCCUCAGCCCAAAUGGAUGCUCCCAUUUCUCAGUUCUACGCUGACAGAGCUCAGAAACAUGGCAUGGAUGAGUUUAUCUCCGCUAACCCCUGUAGCUUUGACCACGCCUCGCUUUUUGAGAUGGUGCAGCGGCUCACGUUGGACCACAGGCUCAACGACACCUUCUGCUGCCUGGGAUGGUUCAGCCCAGGCCAGGUGUUUGUCCUGGAUGAGUACUGUGCCAGGAACGGAGUUCGAGGUUGUCACAGACAUCUGUGUUACCUGCGUGAUCUGCUGGAGAGAGCAGAGAGUGGGGCGAUCAUUGAUCCCACUCUCCUUCACUACAGCUUUGCUUUCUGUGCCUCCCAUGUCCAUGGGAACAGGCCGGACGGGCUGAGCACAGUGAAAGUGGAUGAGAAGGAGCGGUUCGAAGACAUCAAGGAGCGGUUGCGUGUGAUUUUGGAAAACCAGAUUGUACAUUUCAGAUAUUUUUUCCCCUUCGGCCGUCCAGAGGGAGCACUGAAGGCCACGUUAUCCUUGCUGGAGAGGGUCCUGAUGAAGGACAUCGUGACCCCAGUCCCACCAGAGGAAGUGAAAGGAGUCAUCCGCAAGUGUCUGGAGCAGGCUGCUGCGCUCAACUACGAGCGGAUUAAAGAAUAUGCUAAAAUUGAAGGUAAACAAAACACACGAGAUGAGACACGCCGCUUAGUCACGCCUGCCAAAAAGCUGGAGGAAACAAUUCGCCUGGCGGAGUUAGUCAUAGAGGUCCUCCAGCAGAACCAGGAGCACCAUGCGGAGGGAAAAGAGGCGUUUGCGUGGUGGACGGACCUCAUGGUGGAGCAUGCAGAGAACUUCCUGGCCCUCUACGGCAUCGACAUGGACGCCGCUCUUGAGAUUCAAUCACCCGAGAGCUGGGACAGCUUCCCUCUCUUCCAGCUGCUCAACGACUUCCUCCGGGCAGACUAUCAUCUGUGCAAUGGAAAGUUCCACAAGCACCUUCAGGAUCUGUAUGCUCCUCUGGUGGUUAGAUAUGUGGAUCUGAUGGAGUCCUCCAUCGCACAGUCAAUUCACAAGGGCUUUGAGCGAGAGUCCUGGGAGCCUGUAAAGAGUUUAACAAGUAAUCUGCCCAAUGUGAAUCUACCAAAUGUGAACCUCCAAAUUCCCAAAGUACCAAAUCUGCCCGUGCCAGUAGCAGGACUAUCAGUUAACCUUCCACAAAUGCCUAGCUUUUCUACCCCGUCAUGGAUGGCUGCUAUAUAUGACUCUGAUAAUGGCUCUGGGGCAUCGGAGGAUCUCUUCUGGAAGCUGGAAGCUCUCCAGACCUUCAUCAGGGACCUGCACUGGCCCGAGGAGGAGUUCGCCAAACACCUGGAGAGUCGCAUCCAGCUCAUGUCCAGCAACAUGAUCGAGAACUGCGUCAAGCGCACCCGUUUGGCAUUUGAGUCCAAGCUGACAAAGAGCAGCAGGUCCACAGAUUUCCGCAUUUCUCCGACACUAUGCACCAUGUUCAACGUGAUGGUGGACGCCAAGGACCAGUCAGCUAAACUGUGCGCUAUGGAGAUGGGCCAAGAGGUAACAGCUUCACCUGGGACAUACCACACCACAAUAGAUGAACUGAUUGAGGAAAGUGUGAAGGACAUGAUCCAGUUCCUGGUUGCGAAGUUUGUGGCCAUUCUGGAGAGUGUGCUGGCUAAGAUCUCCAGAUACGAUGAAGGCACUCUCUUCUCCUCAUUCCUCUCUUUCACGGUGAAAGCUGCCUCAAAAUAUGUUGAUGUACCCAAACCGGGCAUGGAUGUGGCCGACGGCUACGUGACCUUUGUGCGCCACUCUCAGGACAUACUCCGUGAUAAGGUCAAUGAGGAGGUGUAUAUAGAAAGGUUAUUUGAUCAAUGGUACACUGCCACCAUGAACCUGCUGGGGACCUGGCUCACUGAGCGGAUGGACCAGCAGCUCCACGUCUACCAGCUCAAGAUCCUCAUCAGGAUCACCAAGAAGAAGUACAGGGACUUCCGCCUGCAGGGCGUCCUGGACUCCACCCUGAACAGCAAGAUGUACGACACCGUGCGCAACCGGCUGAUCCUGGAGGAGGCCACCGCCUCAGUGAGGGAAGGAGGCAUGGCCGGCAUCUCCAUGAAGGACAGCGACGAGGAGGACGAAGACGACGACUAG